UAUCGGGUCAACUCGCAGCGCAUUUUCAAUUUCAAAAAUCAGUUUAAUAUUCUGAAUCUCUUAUCGGGAUUGUAUCAGAUUAUUGUAUUAAACUGAUGAGCUUCAUUAAGCCACUGGCCACACUUUAUAUGCACUGUAUCUGAUGUAACAGGUUUUGUAUAUAAUCUGCAGUCUUUCUGCUGACAAAAAUUUGUAGUAAACGUUUGGCAAUAUCUGUUCGAACAAAUUGCUGACUAGAUAGUAAAUAAAUGAAGUAAGGUAUGUAUUUUACGGUGAAAAAAAUUGUCUGCACAACUAGUCUUGGCAUAAACAAUUCCGAGAAUUGUGACUAACGAAAAACGGCAAGAACUUUUUUGGUUAUCUAAUAGAAGGUAGCAAACAUAUAAUAAAAAAAAAUGAUAGCAAGUAGGUAGUUUUCUCGUCAGCUGUUAUUAAAUCCGUCAAGGUUCUUGGUGCUGCUUGCAUGUUUCUUUAUCAAAUUGUCAACAGUGUACAAUACGAAACAGGUGAAUUGACUGCAGAAUUAAUGGGACUUCCUACGCAUCUACAUUUAUACUGAGCUUUAAGCUAAUAGACGGCGUAAUAAUGAUAAGAUUCGACAGUGGCUGAUGCGAGAACGUGUGCCACGAGCGAGCAAAGUGUGACAAGCAAAUCUCGUGAUCGACGUUCAAAAUCAAUAUUUGAAAUCCGCUCGCGGACGGUAGAAGUAAAAUAGUCGUUAGAUUGUCGAUUCGUACUUUGUUGAAUACAAUGUCUGCGCCUGCAAAAGUUGAAGAGUGCUCGCCGCCAAUUUCGGCACGCAAGUCGCGCUUUACGGUGGCAAAAUAUGUGCCGGUGCUCGAGUGGCUACCGCGGUACACGCGACUGGAAGCUGUGUCGGACCUCAUAGCGGGCAUCACUUUAGGCCUGACCAUGAUUCCUCAGAGUAUCGCCUACGCUGCAUUGGCCGGUCUGACUGCGCAGUAUGGCCUAUAUUCCUGUUUUAUGGGCGGUUUUCUGUACAUUUUUUUUGGAACCAUCAGAGAGGUAUCAAUCGGUCCAUCAUCCUUGAUGGCUCUCGUGACUUUACAAUACACACAAAACAUGCCGGUGGAUUUCGUAAUCCUCUUAUGUUUCUUGGCUGGAUGCGUCGAGUUUUUAAUGGGCCUACUAAAUUUAGGAUUCAUGAUAGAUUUUAUAUCCGCUCCGGUCACGUCAGGUUUUAUAUCGGCGACGUCGGUCAUUAUAAUCAUCGCUCAGCUGCAGGGCCUUCUAGGACUGAAAUAUAAUUCAACUAACAUCGUGGACAAUCUGUACAAAUUGUUUCUAAACGUAACCGAAAUUCGGCCGACUGAUGUCACCCUCGGAAUUUGCAGCAUGAUCUUUCUUCUGAUUUUCAGAAAACUGAAAGACAUUGACUGUCCUUGCGCGAAAGGUGAGAGAAAUGCUUCAAGAAAUUCGGCGAUAAAGAAGAUACUUUGGUACUUCUCCAUCGGUCGAAACGCUCUCGUCGUACUCAUGGCGGCCACGAUGGCUUAUCAUCUCGAAGCGAGGGGGUCCACUCCAUUUAGACUCUCAGGAAAGAUAGAAUCCGGUCUUCCCUCAAUUUCGUUACCGCCAUUCUCGGCUCAAGUGGGCAAUCAAACUUAUACAUUCGUCAACAUGCUGGCGCAUUAUGGAUCAGGGAUAGUGAUACUUCCACUCAUAUCUGUUUUGGCAAAUGUGGCGAUAGCAAAAGCAUUUGCAACCGACGUCUCUGUUAAUGCAACGCAGGAGAUGUUGACGCUCGGCCUCUGCAACAUAUUGGGCAGCUUCGUGUCGUCGAUGCCAACCGCCGGUGCGUUCACGCGAAGUGCAGUCAGCAGUGCCAGCGGCAUACAGACACCAAUGGCCGGUUUAUAUUCCGGCACCAUGACAUUGUUGGCGUUGAGCUUCUUAACGCCGUAUUUUUAUUACAUUCCACGUGCAACACUAGCGGCGGUCCUCAUAUGCGCUGUAAUGUUCAUGAUUGAUCUGAAGAUUAUAAAAUUGCUCUGGAAAGGAUGUAAAAGAGAUGCCAUUGCAGCGAUAGGAACCUUUUUGCUUUGCGUUUUCGUCAGCGUUGAGAUCGGACUUCUUCUGGGUGUCGUGUUCUGUCUAAUUUUCUUCAUUCGACCGUCUGCAAGACCGACGAUUCAAGUUGUCACCUGCAAGACACACUUAGGGAACAGAUACAUAAUGUUGAAGCCUGACAUAAAUCUUUAUUAUCCUGCAGUAGCUUUCUUUUGCGAUAAAAUAAUAAGUAUAGCCAGAAACGAGCAAAAUGAUGUUCUAUUGAUCAUGAAUUGUGAACGAUUUGUUAAUCUCGAUUACACUUCAAUCAAGGGCAUUGAAAUGUUAUCCAACAGAUUAAAUAGCGAAAGAAAUCGAUUUUGGUUAUUAAAUCUUAAUUCCGACAUCGUAGAAAGUAUUGAUGCUUUAGCCGACAAUAAGUACAUUCGUUUGAUCGAAAAUGAAGAAAGCAUCGCAGAUAUUCUUCAUGAUAACGCAUUAUCGAAUAAAGAAUCUGAAGAUCCAAUCAAUGUCACUAUCAACACAACAACAGAAAUAAAAAAAUUAAAUCAUAAAGAUUUGCAGCUGAAUUUACAACUAAAGGAUUCUGAACCCAAUACCGAGGAAAUGGCUUUAAUGUCGCUAUCUGAAUCGAAAAUACAACAAUAACUACAAAAACGAUUCUAGUUAAUUCAAUUUAGUUUAUAAUUGUAAAUAUGUGAAAAUAUAAGUGACUUAUUAGUACCUGUACAACGAAGUCUAUUUAGAAUAAUUUUUACGUCUGCUAAAAUUUAAACAUAAUCUCACAAAUUUUAGAAUAAGUA